GUUCAAUUCAAUCCAAUCCAAUCCAAUCCCACCCCGCCCCUUCCAAGAACUCUAGUAUCAACCAACCGUCCAACAAAAGCAGGAGUCGCAUCCGACCCCCCGCAUCAGAGACAGGCAGGGAGGGAACCGAGAUCCGUCCGUCCGUGUCGAUGGAGUCAACGGUGGAGCGGAUAAGCUCGUCGGUGCAGUCCUGGGUGAAGGACCACGAGCUCGCAGCCAUCGGAGGCGUGUGGGCUGCGGCGGUGGGCACUUCGGUGGCGUACAGCCGGAGGAAGGCGCCGCAGCGGGGCACGGGCCUGCGCCUCAUCCACGCCAGGAUGCACGCGCAGGCGCUCACGCUCGCCGUCCUCGGCGGCGCCGCCCUCUUCCACUACUACGGCGACGGCGGGCGCAGGAAGAGGGCCGACGACAUCGACCUCGACUUCUACUCGCAGCUGCCGCCGGCCACCGACGCCGACGGCAACGAGAACCAGCGGUGGAGCUGGUAGGAGGAGAAGGAAGAACUGUAGCAGACUAGCAGUGGGUGCUUGCAGCAAUAAUAAUUGAGGUGGGGCCCUAUGACGUGGCGGGCGGGAGGGAUUAGUCUGUGCUAAUCCUAAUCCAUCCAGCUCAGACAAGACGACGGGCGGCCCGUUUACUUAACAUUAUCGGUCCAUGCUGUCAUGGCCGGCACCACAUCCACAUCUACUAGUCAUCUAGGAGCAGCCGCCCAUAGCUGCUGCUGCUGCUGCUUCUCUCCUGUGUCACAGUACUACUACCACCACCAUUUGUUUAUCUGAUGAAUGAACGGUGACGAUGAUGACGAUAUUGUUU